CUUUAACACGUGUCACAACAUAAUUGGAUAUCUCUAACCGCCUCGCCUUGGUCCCUUGCCUAUAAAUUCAACCCCCAAACCAUCCUCUUCUCCUCACAUUUCUUAUUUUCUCUCAAAACCCUCAACUCAAGAUGCAGAUCUUCGUUAAGACUCUUACCGGAAAGACAAUCACUCUCGAAGUAGAGAGCUCGGAUACCAUUGACAACGUCAAGGCCAAAAUCCAGGACAAGGAAGGAAUCCCUCCAGACCAGCAAAGGCUCAUCUUUGCCGGAAAACAACUUGAAGAUGGCAGAACCCUAGCUGACUACAACAUCCAGAAGGAGUCCACCCUCCACUUGGUCCUCCGUCUCCGUGGUGGCAUGCAGAUCUUCGUCAAAACUCUCACCGGAAAGACAAUCACCCUUGAAGUUGAGAGCUCUGACACCAUUGACAAUGUCAAAGCUAAAAUCCAAGACAAGGAAGGUAUUCCACCGGACCAGCAGAGGCUCAUCUUCGCUGGAAAGCAGCUCGAGGAUGGCCGAACCUUGGCCGAUUACAACAUCCAGAAGGAAUCCACUCUGCACCUUGUUCUCCGGUUGAGAGGAGGGAUGCAGAUCUUUGUCAAGACUUUGACUGGCAAGACCAUCACUUUGGAGGUUGAAAGUUCGGACACCAUUGACAAUGUCAAAGCUAAGAUUCAAGAUAAGGAGGGUAUCCCACCGGACCAGCAGAGGUUGAUCUUUGCUGGCAAACAGUUGGAAGAUGGCCGUACUCUGGCUGACUACAACAUCCAGAAGGAGUCUACUCUCCAUUUGGUUCUUCGUCUUCGUGGUGGUAUGCAGAUCUUUGUGAAGACGUUGACUGGAAAGACCAUCACUUUGGAGGUUGAGAGUUCGGAUACCAUUGACAACGUCAAGGCGAAGAUCCAAGAUAAGGAGGGUAUCCCACCGGACCAGCAGAGGCUCAUCUUUGCUGGAAAGCAGCUGGAAGAUGGGCGUACCUUGGCGGAUUACAACAUCCAGAAGGAGUCGACCCUUCAUCUUGUUCUCCGUCUCCGUGGUGGAUUUUAAGGAUUUGUUCAGAUGUUAAGCUGUGUGAUUGUGGAGGUGUUUGGAUUAUGUUACUGUGUUCUUUGAUGGUGAAUAAAAUGGUGUGUUUGGGAUUA